AUGAAAGCAAUACCGCGAGAUUUGGAAAAGCUGGCUCAAAUCGAACGAAUAAAUGGAACCAUCAUUGUAAGAAAGAACACAGCUCUCCCUGACAUGUCUUUUUUGGAGAACUUGGAAGAGAUAACCAAUUCUAACAAAAGAAAGCCCAGCCUUACAGUGGCUUACAAUGAAAAUUUCGUUCUGAAAGGAUUAAGAGGCCUCAAAAAAAUUCAUGGUGAUGUGUUAGUGAUCACUCAGACAGAUAGCGACGUUCCAGCACCUGUUAAGGAGCGUCUUAUUCGAUUAACUACUGGCAAAGUCGAAUUCCGAAGUUUGCAUCAGACAACAACGAAAAGGACAACAACUCCACAUCGAGCACAGGACACUACUGGAAAUGGAACGGCUCCGAAGCACGAAGGUGGCCCUAUCGGAAAGAGAAGCCAGGAAUCGAAGAAAAGUACAAGUCCUGUAAUGAUAAUAGGUAAUCGAAUGUUUUCAUCAAUUCCUCAACGAGCAGUCGUUCCUUAG